AAAACAUUACAAAAUAAAAGCCGGCUGGUGAUCUUGGAGACGCGCCAUGCUCUCCUCAGAUUUUAAAAGCCUGGUCCAGCGUUUCUACGCACUUCAGACUGAGCGCCUGGAGGCGUACAAACUUUUCGAGGAGGGUCACGAGGCGUACUUGAGGACGGGGCCGCAGUAUGACUUCGAGCAUUACAGACAGCUGGUCCACGAGAUCACCAAAGCGUUCAGCGGCAUCUCUAAGGAGGUUCUGGAGAUCAAAGAGCGUCUGCACCAGGACCUGGACCGGGCGGAUCUCUCCGAACACAUCGACAAGCUGCAGAUCAAAGAGAAGCAGAAACUGGAGUUGACGGCGCAGUUACAGCUCGCCAAGCAGAGUGCGCAGGAUCAUCCAGAAGAUCAGAGCUACCAAGAGAAGGUCCAGGAGAUCAGACAGGAGAUUAUUAAAAACAAGGAGUCUCUGAGUGAAAUCAUGCAGGAUUUCAAGUACGACUCCGAAGAUGCAGAAUGAAACAGAGGCUGCGUUCUGAGAUGGACCUGAAUGGAGUUUCACCCAUAAUACGACCUCUUAUGCGAGGACUGGCCACAUAUGUUGUGUGUGUGUGUGUGUGUGUGUGUGUGUGUUCAGUGUGAAUUCUGUAUGUUUCAUUAUUGUUGAAGAUCUGUUCUUUUAAAGAAGUUGUUUAAUAAGUAAUUUGUGUUACAGUUUAUUUUGUUCCUUUAGUUUAUCAGGUAUUAAACUAUUACAAUUAUUAACCUUGUGCCACCUUUACAAAGAUCAAAACUACAAAAAAACAGUUGUAUGUCUCAUAACAAAUGCACAUAUAAGAGGUUCUCUAAAGAACAAUUCACAACUGAUUCCAUGUCAAACAUUUAUGAGGCAUUUUCCAAUUAAAUCUUUUUUACUUGAAUAUUUAAUUCAUGUGAAUUUGUAUUAUAUGUCCGUGUAGAAUAAUUCAUAAGCCAGUUUUUCACACAUCCAGAUAAUUAUACCAGCCAAGAAAUUUCCCAUCUAUAUUGUGUGUGCGCGUGUGGUUGGAUGGUGAAUAAUCCUAAUUUCGGAAACUCCUCAACAAAACACGUCCAAUAGUUCACAGUCCAAUACAGUGGAAAACAGCUCUGAGGAAAAAUGGCAUCCAGGAUUCCCCUCACGAUUUAAAGUUGCAGAGACGGCAUUGUUACGGUUAACUGUGAGAUUAAUUUCCUAAGGCGUGAUGGUAGUGUGGAGAAAGGGGACAGGUUUAGUCUAGUGUAUUGUUAUGCUUUACAUUGUAUAUUAGUGUCAAAGGCGUAUAAGACUCACUUUGUCAGACUUACAGUACAAACUGAUCCCGGAAUGGAACUCAUUUGUAAGUUGGGUACAAAAUGUAUAACCUGUAUUGUAUUACCAAUAUAAUGUAUUGGUAUGGAGCCAUGCCCUAAACUAUAGUACUCUGCCUUAACUUUGUCACAUUUUUAUUUAUUAUUGUAAAGUAAAAUAAUACAUUUAACCCUGGAAUGAUUAUACUACUGUCAUUAUGUAUUUGUGAGCUGUACGCUUUUCUCCAAUCUCGCUUUUCUACCCCUCAUUAAUCCCCCACCUGCUACUUCAUUUUACCGGCUUUGUACAUGUACUUUACACAAUAACAUCUAAUCAGAACUUCAGCCUUCGUAACAGCACCACCACACAAUGACUCAUCCUCUCCUCCUACAGUUGAACCACCUUCCUAUUUAUUUCCUCUCCACUUUAUUCUUAAUAACGAGAAACUCUUUUAUUUCUGCUCCUUGGCCAAUGAAAGUGCUUAAGCAACAAUUAAAGAUAAGAACAGCCGAGAGGGAAUGGAGAAAAUCACAACGUGAUGUCGACCACACAGGGAAACCAAAUACCAAUCUACUUCUCUAUUUUGCUCUGAAUGAGAGCAUCUGGAAAAUUCUCUAUACUACUACUAUAUAUUAAUUCUAGUUUUUA